ACAUACGUAUGAAGACUGAGAAACCAGUUGUCACAUGACUCAAGCAGACUCAGUGUCCUACGGAGUACUCCUGCUGGAUACGCCGAUGACUUUAACUGCACCCUUGACUCGUAUGAACGCUGCAAUUGUUUCGAUAUCCCACCCUGGAGGACGUGGACGGCCGUAUCGAUUCGGAGCACACAUCCUGUGCUUGUUAUCUCGGGAGGACCCCUUAGGGUGUGGCUAAGAAAGAGUCUGGGAAAAAAAAUUGUCGGCACUCAUUCUCUCCUAGAAUAAGCCAGAGAGAGGGUUGCUAGCCUUGGAGAGCCGCAGAAGAUUUGGGCUGAUUUCAGAGAGGAGUGAUGGAGCGUUGGAUCUGCUUUUUGGGUUUUCUGAGAGUAACCUCCUGUCUAACCAACGUGCUCUAUAAUCUCCACUCUAAGGAGGCCAGCUUCGACCAAGCACUGAAAACCUGCCAGCUCGACGGCUAUCUGACAGACAUGGCAGAGGAAGAAGAGGCCAAAAAUAUCAUAUCGCUUAUAGAGGGCCGAAUUAACCAUGCGGGUACCCAUCAGUUCUGGAUGGGCCUGAGGAAGACAAAUACGGAAUGCAUUCUGAACGAUCUACCGCUGAAGGGGUUCAAAUGGACCGUGAGCGACAGCAGCGAAACGAACGUAAGCAAGUGGAAGAAGACUCCGGAUGAAACCUGCACUUCCGUGCUGUGUGGACUCCUCACUGUGGAUUACAAAGAGAACACAGUGACAGACUGGGGCUGGAUAGGGAGCAGCUGCAGGGAAGAGCAUCCAUUUAUAUGCAGAGUAAAUAAGCAAAUGGCUGAAACAUCACAGCCUGAAUGUGAAAAACCGACAAUCUUUCAGGCUUUGAAGCUUUUAAAAGUGGAGCAUAAUCCCCUACUACUGGAAGUCCACUGUCCAUCCAACGACACAUUUAUCUUAACGUGCUCCCCAGGUAAUAAAGAGUGGAUGCUGGGAAGCGGGUCAGGUGACAUAACGGAGAUUUGCCUUGCGUGCAACCCAGGGUAUACCAGGAGUGACAUGGGGAGCUGCAUUGAUAUCAAUGAAUGCGCGAAAAAGCCGUGUGAGUCGGGCUGCACCAACACGGAGGGCUCUUACGUCUGCACAUGCGACGCAGCCAUGGGAUACGAGCAGAGUGAGGACUCAAAGUCAUGCAAAAAACUGCUGAGCCCAACAGAGGCUCCGGCCAGCAGCACCACCACCGUCCAGUCCUUGCCCCCUACCCACCCGACUCCCCAGGCCACGAAUGGAAAGGGUUCUACAGUCACCCUCCCCCCAGGUCCUGCCCCUACCACAGGCUCCAGUGUGAAUCUGGAGACCUCUGAGGCCAAAUUCAGUAUCUGGAUCCCAGUGGUGGCAGCAGUACUAGCGCUAUUGUUUUUGGUGGUGAUCGCCUUGAUUAUAGUGAAAUGCUGCCGUAGGAAGCGGUCAAAGAAGCUGUCUAAGGAGAAGGGGGGCAAGUGGAAGGAAACGGUUGUCCUGAAAGCUGCAGACUCACUGGAAGAGAUCAACCAAAAGGAGAUUGUGUGAGAGAACCUGCUUUUGGACACUUACUGAAGGGGGUGAUUCAGUCAAUGACAAUUUCCAACUGUAUAGGUAUAUAGAAGUAAAGCCUGCCUUAAAUUUGAUUAGAUGUACUUGUGUUUUGUACUUGUUUACUGGUUAAAAAAUGACUUAUAGUCUUUCGGGCUAUGAGGGCACUACAUGACGAAAUAGUUCUCUGCAAGAUUGUAGAAAUACAGUGUGGCCUGUUUACGGGUAGAGUGUGAGUGUGUACUGUAUGUGUGCGAGACCUGGAUUAAAUCAACAUUUUACUUCAACUCAUAAAUUGAAUGUACAUAAUUGAUGAGUUAAGCAAUCACCAAAAUAGUUCUUCAUAAAUCAAUGCUAAAAACAAAUCUUACCAUGAUCCAGGCCUGUGUGUUUGUUUAAGUCAAAAUCAAAGUUUGUAGUUUCAAGUCAAUUUAAAGGCUUGGUUUCUUUCGUGUUAUUUUCUAGCUGUACACAAUGGUGUUUAUAUCAUUAAAGCAUUAUAAUUAUGAAUAGUUUUACAAAUUGUUGUUCUGAAAUAUGUAAGUUUGUCAAUUGAUAUACAAAAAUGCAUUCAUUUUUACUAAAGUAUAACCUAUUUAUGUAUGCUGUUUUAUCUUUCUUUCCCUUCCCUUCUUGCUUCCUCUUCUAUAUAAUAAGAUACAUUUAUCCAUGAUGAGAAAACUGAAUAAAAACACUAUUAGUAUGUGAAAA